AUGGUUUGCGCCAAAUGCCAGAAGCUCAACAAAACCACCCUUGCCACACCGGGCGUCAAGAAAAAGACCGAGAUGUACUAUGGUUCCCCGGCGUCCUCAUCCUCAUCCGAAGCUAAGAAAUCGGCCACAUUGGGACAGACAGGCAUCUCAAAGAGCAAAUUGCUCUCAAAAACCGCGAAGAAUCCCUAUGCGCAGUACUCAAGCUCAUGCACCCGCUGCAAGGCCAAGAUCUCCCAGGGUCAUACGUAUUGCAUCCAAUGUGCCUACCGGGCAGAUGCGUGCCACAUCUGUGGAAAGGCGAACAAGGCCAAGGCAGCCGUACCUACCGUUGACGGUCAGAAGCGCACUCUCAAGUGA